CUUAUUAACUGCAUAAAGGCCAACUUCACUGGGCAGAUCCUCACUGAGGGCAUAAAAGGAUACACUCUGAAACAAGUGCCUCAAACGGGAUCUGUGCACGAGACCGUAUACUGGACAAGAGAGUGGGAUGACCUGGUUCACCCUCCACAUCCUGCCCCUUCUCUGGGCUGCGGCUGGGACCAGCACCUGGACCCGAAGCUCAUGCUCGGUUCCCCUGGCACAGCAGUCCUUGGUUGAUGGCAUACAAGUGCUCAUGGAGAACUCUGUGACCAGCUCCGCCCACCCAAAUCCCAGCGUCCUGAUUGCCAUGAACCUGGCCGGAGCCUACAACGUGGAGGCCCAGAAGCUCCUGACUGACAAGCUCAUGGCCAGUGACACAGCCGACCUAACCAUUGGUCAGCUCGCCCUUACUAUCAUGGCCCUCAACUCCUCCUGUAAAGACCCUGGGAAUAAAGUAUCAAUUCUACAGAGACAAAUGGAAACCUGGCCACCUUCAAGCCCCGAUGCUCCAGCUCCAACCUUCUAUGGGCCCAGUCUGGCAGUCCUGGCACUGUGCCAGGAGAACCCAAAGACAGCCUUACCCAUAGCAGCCCGCUUUGCCAAGAUCCUGAGGUUCAGUUCCUCCCCCUUCAAUAUGGACACAGGAGCGAUGGCGACCUUGGCUCUGACUUGCAUGUACAACAAGAUCCCAGAAGGUUCAGAGGAGGGUUACAGAAUUCUGUUCAGUCAGGUACUAGAGGAAGCCGUAAAGAAUAUCAGCUUGAGGAUCAAAGACAAUGGCAUCAUUGGAAACAUCUACAGUACUGGCCUUGCCAUGCAGGCUCUCUCUGUGACACCUAAGCAACCUAACAAGGAGUGGAACUGCCAGAAGACCACGGACACCAUACUUACGGAGAUUAAGCAUGGGAAAUUCCACAAUCCCAUGUCCAUUGCCCAAAUCCUCCCUUCACUGAAAGGCAAGACAUACCUGGAUGUGCCCCAUGUAUCCUGCAGCCCGGGUCAUGAAGUGCAACCAACUCUCCCCAAUCAACCAAGCCCUGUUCCCACCACAGCACCCAUCACUGUCGUAUACACUAUAAAUAACCAGCUGAGGGGGGUGGAGCUCUUCUUCAAUGAGACCAUGGAUGUUAGUGUGAAACCUGGAUCCGUGCUACUUGUCGUCCUAGAGGAAGCACAGCGCAGAAACUCCAUGUUCAAGUGAGUGCUUCAAGCAGCAUCCACUAUUCUCCCCAGGCUCCACCUGAAUUACCAUUCUCUCCCUCCUUCCUCUUCUUACUUUUUUUCCCUUCUGAUAAUUUAACAGAUCUUCAUUUCAUGACCCCUUGA